AUGGCCUCUUCCGAGUCUUCGCCGCUGCUGCGGACGACCAGCGCCGCGGCCGCUCUGAGCCCGUCGCAGAAGCAGUCGGCGCUCCCGGUCUCCCUCCCCGACGCGCGCGCCCCCGGCCACACGGAGGAGGGCUCGGCCUUCUCGUCGUUCCUGGGGCUCGCCACGACCAUGACGGGCGCGUGCGUCCUGACGCUGCCGGGCGUGGUGCAGGCCGUGGGGCAGGUGCCGGCGCUGCUGCUGUUCGCUAUGAGCGCGUGGCUGGCCUUCCACGCCUGCGAGAUGCUCAGCGUGUGUUGCGACGCCGCCGUCGAGUUCUCGUACGAGGCGCUGAGCUCCCGCCUCUUCGGCGCCGCGGGCGUCUGGGCCGUGCGCCUGCUGACGCUCGCGCUGCUGUUCGGCGCCAUCGUGAGCUACAUGGUGAUCGCCAUGGACCUGUUUGAGCCCUUCCUGGAGGGCGUCAUGAGCCGCCGCACCAUCAGCCUGGUCUUCAUGCUGCUGGCCAUCCCGCUCUGCCUCCCGGAGACCAUCCACGAGCUGCGCUUCGCCAACAUGCUGGUGCUCGUGUGUCUGCUCUACAUCCUCGUGGCGCUGGGCAUCCGCACAGCGCAGAACGACCCCGAGUUCGCGGCGCAGAUCCCCAGCAACCCCGCCGACGAAUUCGACUCGGAGCUGGCCGCCAUCGCCUACGCGCUGCCUAUUGUCACGCUGAGCUUCGUGUGCCAGCUGAACGUCCCGCGCGCGUACCAGGAGAUCCACGACAAGACGCAGAUGACGCACGUGCACAAGGCGCUCGUGGGCUGGGGGCUCUUCAUCUAUCUGCUCUUCGCCUAUCUGGGCUACGCCUGCUUCCACGGCCAGCCGCCGAGCGACAUCCUGACGGGAUUUGCGCCCGACGACAUGCUCAUCAACGGCGCGCGUCUCGCGCUGGGGAUCAGCAUGGUGUUCAAGACGCCCAUGACCUUCCAGCCGCUGCGUCAGCUCGUGGAGAUCUGCUGCCUGGGCCACGACCGCGAGAGCCUGCCCUUCCGCACGGCGAUCACAGUGGUCUUUCUGCUCCUUGCGCACCUGUUUUCGGUGUCUUCGAGCAAUCUGGGCACCGUCAUGGCCUUCGUGGGCUCGGUGGCAGGCAACGUGCUUGCUCUCACGGUUCCUGGUCUCUUCCUGUACGAGGUGUCACGCGGCUACCUUGUGGAGCGUGACGCCUUCUACUCCCCGCGGCUGGCGCUCAUUUUUGCCUACGCUGGCGCCGUGUUCGCGGCGGCCUCGCUCACGUACCUCUCGUACAACGCGCUUGUUGGAUAA